ACGCGAGUCUCGACGGAUGCUGAAGAUCCCCUAGGACGAGACGAAUCGCAUACCCCGUGCUUCACUACGCCCGGCAGAACACAAUGACGAUCAAGGCAUUGAAGACAGUGUCACAGGGCCAGAACGGCCUCGGCGCCUUCAUCUUGCAGUGCAAGAAGCUCGAAUUCCACUUUUGCGAUUGGGCCGGAAGCUCCAAGGGCAUGAACGGCUUCAUCAAGUCUCAGCUCCCCAAAUUCGCCGCCGCACACCCCCAGAUCGAGAUCUCCGUCUCCCCACGACCUGCGAAACACCCUACCAUCGUCGGCCACUACAUCAACGGCAACUCGCGAUCCCUCCUCGUCAAGAACAUGCAGCCCAUGGAAAUUCUCAGGGCUGCCGAGUCCAUGCGCGACACCAACGGCGAGAAGCUGCGGAGAGCCAACAAGCCCGUCACCAGUAUCAAUCCCAGUGUCAGGGGUAUCUGGAGUCCCUACCACGGCAACGGCGAGGCGGUGUAGAGCUGCAGAGAGCUGCUACCAGAGGAAUGAGCAAGAGGAAAAGCUGUAACUUGUACGCAUAGGAAGAGCGGGAACAUUGGAUUGGCAUCACCGGAGUGCGGCGUCUCCGAUUGCUGCUUGUACACUAGCACGCCAAAUAGGGGGGCGAUAUACCCCUUGAGAGAAUUCAACCACGAACAACCAUG